CGCGCACCGCUCGCUCCAGUGCGUCUCUCCAUACGCCCAGUCCACGAGAUCUCCCGUAGUCCAUCCACAGAGGGGAGCCGCCCGAGGGUUGUAGCCCGGCGACGGCCAUGAUGAUGAUGGGGGAAGGCGUCAGUGGCGUCCCGCCGUGGUCUCACCUCCCGGUGAGCGGCGUUGAUGUUCUUGGCGGAGGGGGAGGUGGUGCGGGAGGGGGAGAUGAGAUGACGCCGUACCUGAUCGCCGCGCUGCGGGAGUACCUGCCGUCGAACGACGUCGGCGUGGGGGCUGACGACGAGGAGGAGGCGGCCGCGAUGGCGGCCGCGGUCGACGCGUACGCGUGCGACGAGUUCCGGAUGUACGAGUUCAAGGUGCGGCGGUGCGCGCGGGGCCGGAGCCAUGACUGGACCGAGUGCCCCUUCGCGCACCCCGGCGAGAAGGCGCGCCGCCGCGAUCCACGCAAGUACCACUACUCCGGCACCGCGUGCCCGGACUUCCGCAAGGGGGGAUGCAAGCGCGGCGACGCCUGCGAGUACGCCCACGGCGUGUUCGAGUGCUGGCUCCACCCGGCGCGCUACCGCACCCAGCCGUGCAAGGACGGGACCGCCUGCCGCCGCCGCGUCUGCUUCUUCGCCCACACCCCGGACCAGCUCCGCGUCCUCCCGGCGCAGCAGUCCAGCCCGAGGAGCGUGGCGUCCUCCCCGCUGGCGGAGUCCUACGACGGCUCGCCGCUCCGGCGCCAGGCGUUCGAGAGCUACCUCACCAAGACCAUCAUGUCCUCGUCUCCGACCAGCACCCUCAUGUCUCCGCCCAAGUCGCCACCGUCGGAGUCCCCGCCAUUGUCGCCGGACGGGGCCGCGGCCAUCCGUCGCGGAUCUUGGCCCGGCGUUGGGUCGCCGGUCAACGACGUCCUGGCUUCGUUCCGCCAGCUCCGCCUCAGCAAGGUGAAGUCAUCGCCGUCCGGCGGGUGGAGCUACCCCGCGUCGUCCACCGCCUACGGGUCACCCAAGGCCGCCACCGGUCUCUACAGCCUCCCCACCACCCCGCUGGCUUCCUCGGCAGCGGUGGCCACCGCCUCCAGCUUCAUGGCCAACCUGGAGCCCAUCGACAUGGGGCUCAUCGGCGAGGAGGAGCCAGUGCAGAGGGUGGAGUCCGGAAGAGCCCUCCGUGAGAAGGUGUUCGAGAGGCUGAGCCGGGACGGUGCCGUCUCCGGCGGCGCCGGCGCCACCACCGCAACCGCCGGAGUUGGCCCCGACGUUGCGUGGGUGUCGGACCUCAUCAACUGAUGCUUCAUGUCGCUAUUGGAAGCUCCCUUUUGUGAGUAGCAAGGAUGCCAUAGAGAAGGUGGCGGUAAGAAGAAAAUGAUGGCACAACAACAAAAAAAAUCCUCAUUUUCUUUUGCGAUUUCAAGUCAGUUUCUACUAAUCCCUGUACAUAUCUAUCUCCCAUGUGAAUAUUCAUCAUGCUUGGUGGGAGGGAGGCAGGUUGGGUGGAAGGAAGAAUGGUGGAUUUGUUUUGGGGUUCUUGAGGUAGUAGAAAAAUUACCCAAAAAUAUUAGGUGAAAAGAUGUGUAGGAGAAACGGUGGUUUCAGUGUCUGCUGUGCAUAGGGUGCGGAGGUGAAGGAAGCAUGGAAGGAGGAAGAUGGUGAUGGCCAUGGCGGAAGUUGGCCGGAUUGCGGCCGCCAUCGCCGGCGGCCCUGCCUAUUUCAGUGAUUACUGGGGUUAAUUCUAGUUUGGCGUUGUUAGUCAGUCGUCGUCGUCAGUCGGUUCGUUGCAUCAUCGACUAGCUGCUGAUGAAGAUCGAUUUCAGCCCCCGUCUUGUUGAUUUCCCCACUCAUUUUGUUGAUGUAAUAUUUUGUUUCUAAGACUCUCCCCCAACAGCAUAUUUAGCAUAUUUUGUACCUUAGCUUAAAUCUGAAAAUCUUCCGCUGACUCAUCUACCUAUGGUGAUGAAGCCCCCCAAUGUAUUGUAAUCACCUUGCUCCAAGUAAAUGAUCCAAUAAUAUUAUGUUAUUAUCUGUUCA